CCCACUCCUCCUCCUCCUCCUCCUCUCGGGAUGAAGGUCUGCCUGUGAUAAUUAGCCUAAUGGAAUGAAUGACUGUGGAUUGACAAUAUGCAGCUGUGUGCAUGUCUGCGCGUAGGUGGAAAGUGACAAUCCUCAAGAGAAACGCUUUCAAACGUUGUUUCAUCCUCACACGAGCUGCAGAACGGAGCGCUCGGAUAUUCAGCAAAACCUGUUGAAUUCUCAGACUGGAUUACUUCACAUGUAUAUGACAAAGUUUGGAGGAUUUGGCAUCCGAGGAGAAUGAAUCGGUGCUUACGAGUGUGAUCUGAUGUGGAUGAGAGAUGCAGAGGACGGCUCAAGGCUUUUUCGACGCUGAUCCCCAUUUCCACAAUGAACCCUAUCAGUUUCCUCAUCCUCCAACAUCAUCUUUCGGCUCCAUCGUGACUGCAUCGAGUCCAGUCAAGAGAAUUACUUUCUACAAGAGCGGCGACUCCCAGUUCAAAGGCGUCAAGAUGGCCGUCCAUAAACGCACCUUCAAAUGCUUUGAUGCCUUACUGGAUGACCUUUCUCAAAAGGUUCCCCUGCCUUUCGGUGUACGUACCAUCACAACGCCCAGAGGAACCCACAGCAUUAAACAUUUAGAGCAGUUCGAGGAUGGAGGGUGUUAUCUCUGCUCCGACCGCCGAUAUGUAAAACCAAUCAACAUGGAAGAAGUAGGAAAAAGGCAGGCGGUCUGGCACCACCAUAGCCAUCCAAAUAACACCCGCCGAAAGCCGUCCCGACCUGAUGAACCCCUAUCAGGACACCAACACCACCAUCAUCGGCACCCCAAAAGGAUUAUUCUCGUGAAAAACAGUGACCCCGCUGUUCGCCGAUCUAUUAUUCUGAGUCGACGAACCGCUCGCAGUCUUCGAGUCUUUACGGAGGAGAUUUCAGAGCUCAUGCAGUGUCACGUCAAGAGACUGUACACCCUGGAGGGGCGCAAGGUCAGGACUUUAUUUCUUCAGCCAAUCUUUAACAAACAGCUAGUGUUUUUAAGCCAACAAUAGACUUCUGGUGAAUUUGAUAAGGUUUCUUUUACAGCAUCGAUGUUGUAAUGUAAUUAAAAUACAAUCAGUUAAAUAGACUUCAUUAUUCAUUUAGUUGUUCAAGUUUAAAACGAGAUUUGAGACCUUGUAAACGUAAGUGCCAUCAGUAGCUGCAGGCUAGCACAAAAACAUCAUUGAGAAUACUGGAGUAAAAAAGACAUGACGGUGUAAGAACGGGUUUAAACCACAGCGGUUCGAACUGUGGUUUUGCCGAAUGACUAAAAAGUAAUCAGCAUGAUGGUAAAAAAAACUGUACAUUUCUAGUCAAACCAUUCUUUUGCAAUCUUACACCAAAAAUGGAAACAAGGGCAAGAUUAAUAGCUAUUAAUGUGGGAGAGCGUUGCUUUUAUGUGAUUGUAUUGCAGUAUGGAACUGUUACGCCCCGUGUGGCUCGGAGGAUGAAAAAGGGCUUAACAUAAUUAUGACUACCCAAUAUUUUAAGAAUUCCCCUGAGAUGUUAACUGCUAUGAAUCAACACAGACAACAACGUGGCAAAAAAGUGGUUAGCUUUUACAA